ACCUCCUCUCUCCCUCUCUUCUCCCUGUCUUCACUGGCCACCACCCCUCCCCUCCCUCCUCCCCCUGGCUGUGUGGCUGGCUGGCAGGUCCUGUCCUGUCAGCCCGACCAGGCAGAGGGAGGCAGACCCAGGCAGGUAGAAGAUGUCCUUGUGUGUGACAUCAGAGCAUGGCGGUGUUAGCGGAGCAGGAGGAGGAGGAGGUACAGCAGGGAAGAAGCAGCGGUGUGGGUCUCCUCUACCCGACUGUUCUGGCUCCUCUGACUGCUGCUGCAGUCUCUUUCAGGCUACCUCCUCUUCCUCCACCUCCUUCACCACCUCCUCCUCCACCCAGGGCCGGACACUCAGCUUCUCCGUGCUCCCUCCUCCACUCAGCCACCGCCACCCUGCCCCGCCCGUCGCCUCCUCCUUCACCUCCUCCUCACCUGGUACCCAGAGAAAACCUCUCUACCCUGGGGUUGGAGGGGUCGUCACCAUCACCCAUCACAGAUCCCCUGCUGCGGCCCGCCGGGCCAGGACCCAGAACAACCAGAACUACCACCCUGCUCCAGGGAGGCUGAGCCAGGUCAAAGAGGUGAUGACCCAGGCAGAGGGCCAACAGAAGAACCUGGUUAACUCCAUAGAGUCCCUGCCCUCCCGUGGUCCUCUGUCCUCCUUAGACCAGGACCUUCUUCUCCUCAAGGCCACAUCAGCAGCUACCCUCUCCUGUCUGGGGGAGUGUCUCCACAUGCUGCAACACAAUGUCAGCCAGGCCGCGCAGCAUGUCACCCUGGGUCGGUCAGACAGCCAGGACCGGAGUCCCAUCCACAAACAGACGUUCAGCCAGAGUAACAGCAACAUCUCCAGUCAGACUCACAACCACAACCAGUUCAAGAAGCAGAUGAGCCUGGAUCCCAACCAUGUUCGCACCGCACCAUCAGACAGCUUCGCAGGAUGGUCUAGAUCUCCCUCAGAGAAGCAGGUGACCAGUAGAGGAGGGACACCUCUUCCACAUGUUCCCUCUCCAGCACACAUCAACAAGGAGGUGGUCAGCAACUCUGUGGUAAAGAAACACACCUGCUCUCUGUGUUGG